AUGAGGCCUGACAACACUUUGUAUUUGAUUGGGGUGGCCCUCCUUGGGCUUACAAACGCUCAGAUCAAGCCCGGUCCUAGACCUAGCAGCGGCAGUGGCAUCCAGCCUGGCGGUGGUGGGAGCAUCCAACCUGGCCCUGCUGCCGGUGGCGGGAGCAUCCAACCUGGCCCUGCCGCCGGUGGUGGUGGCAUCCAACCUGGCCCUGCUGCCGGUGGUGGGAGCAUCCAACCUGGCCCUGCUGCCGGUGGUGGGAGCAUCCAACCUGGCCCUGCCGCUGGUGGCGGUGGCAUCCAACCUGGCCCUGCCGCCGGUGGUGGUGGCAUCCAACCUGGCCCUGCUGCCGGUGGUGGGAGCAUCCAACCUGGCCCUGCCGCUGGUGGCGGUGGCAUCCAACCUGGCCCUGCUGCCGGUGGUGGGAGCAUCCAACCUGGCCCUGCCGCUGGUGGUGGUGGCAUCCAACCUGGCCCUGCUGCCGGUGGUGGUGGCAUCCAUCCUGGCCCUGCCGGUGGUACUAGCCCUGGGUCCUGGACCUGUCCUAACCCACCCAAGGCAUACAACCAAUCGCCACCAAUCACCACUAGUAUCUCCUGUCCUGCGAGUGAUGGAAGUAUCUACGAGGCACUUGAUGGCAGCUGGUAUUACCUACAGUGCUGCACCCAAAGCUCUUCCAAUGCGUUGUCCGUCGGUACACCGCAAGUUUCUAGCAUGAAGGAAUGUCUCAACAAGUGCUCUGAGAUCGCGAACUGCGAAACUGUCUCAUUCGAGCCUUCCACCCUUUAUUGCAACCUCCUUGACUUUGGUUCUUUCUCUCAAACCUCUCAUGGAAGCCAGCUCUAUGCCUUCCCGACUUCCCCCCGGUCACCAAGCAGCCCAAUCUAUGUGAGCCCAUAUGGCGAGACCUUCUACAUGAGCUGUGGAAUGCGUCACGGCACCCCGUACCUCAACGUCGAAAAAGUCUCAACCCUGGAGGAUUGCAUGGACCACUGCGCAGCUUCUCCUUCUUGCAGCAGUGUUGACUUUGACCAAAGCAAACAAGUGUGCUAUUUGAGCAACAAUGACAGCCCUCCAACUCUCGAAGCUAGUCGAUUUGCUAGUGCCCACUCCGUCGGCUGUUCUGGGGCGUGCGAGGGCUGCGGCAAGCAAAAGUGUGGCACACAGCAGCAGCCAAAGCCCAACACGAAUCAGUGCGUUGAUAAUCAGCUUGUUUAUGUUGCCAACCACCCGUUCCGGGUAAAAUGCAACCGAUGUUACACGAGUACAACAGCACCAACAGUAUCCAAACCCGAGGCCAAGACCCACGAGGAAUGUAUGCAGCUUUACGUGUUGGAGGCUAAUAAUUAUGUUGGAGCGAAUUGGGAGAAGAACGGCGGAUGUGUUUUGAAGCCUGUUGGGUCUACAAUCACGGACAACACUUACUGUACUGCAGCCUUCGUGCCACUCUGGAAGUGA